ACAACAUCUACAGAGCGCCUUCGUCAUAGCGUUAAGACUUCAUCCAAAUCGCUCUGAACCAUCUUGAAUAGUAGUCCAAGGGUGACGCGGCCCAAAGACGAGCUGUGGUUGCCAGUCUUAGUGACGUCCAGUGACGUCGCCUUCCCAGACAUACAAAGCCCUCUAUAAAGAUACACCUAUUCUUGAAUAACUAGAUAUCACACUCUACAAAUCAUCACAUCAACACAUAAACAGUCAACUCAAACUACAACACCUACCCAACUAUACUCAAGACGAUAAAAGCUACUCCAUCAUGGGUCUUAUCCACAAAGUCGAGGAGAAGAUUCUCCACAAGAACCAACACCCUCAACAACAAUAUCCUCAGCAACAAAUGCAACAGCAGCCAAUGCAACAUCAGCAAGGCGGCCAAGGUUUCGGCGGCGGUAUGAGCAGCGGACACCAGGGAGGCGGCUUCGGUGGACAACAGCACGGAGGUCCCCAAGGCAUGGGCGGCCAAGACAUGGGCGGCCAAGGCGGAUUUGGUGGUCAGCACGGAGGCCAGCACGGAGGUCAGGGCGGAGGUCAAGGCGAAUUCGGUGGAGGUCAAGGCGGAUUCGGUGGUCAGCACGAAGGCCAGCACGGAGGCCAACACGGAGGUCAGGGCGGAGGCCAGGGCGGAUUCGGUGGCCCAGGAGGACAGGGUGGAGGUCAAGGCGGAUUCGGUGGCGGUCACCAUGGCGGUGGAGGCGGUGGCCAAAUGGGCGGCCAUCAGGGAGGUCCAGGUGGAGGCGGUCGCGGAGGUCCAGGUGGAUGGUAGAGAGACUAAGAGCGUGCUCAUGAUGUUGUAAUACCCUUUUAGCUGUUGUUUACGAGAAUGAAGAAUUGCCGGAUCAAUUUCGAACGUUUUGCUUGAAUGGAGGGAUCUAUGGAAUAUGGAAUUUGUGACAAGUCCAUCACGUUUUUGUUUAACUACUUUUCUACAGAAACGCUUUGUAGCGCCACUAGUGCUUGGAAACCUUGUAAAGCGUAAUAACUUUUGUAGAAGGAAGAUUACCAGGAGGUAUCGACCUGAUGACUCUUCGACGGAUGUUGACAACGAUCGCUCUUGAUUACGUGGCCAUUCUCACAAAAGGACAUAAGAUAACAAUUUAGUUAUUAUCUAUUAGCUAGAAAGACGUACAUCUAGGUUUCCUGUCUAAAAGAG